GCCCCGCCCGUCCCCGCCAUGGCGGCGGCCUUCACCCUCCUCCGCCGCCUGCUCGGGGUUUUUUUCCUGCUGGCGGGCGCCGUGAAGCUCUCGGACCGGCUCUCGGCCGAUCUGCACCGGCACAUGAAGUCGCAGUUCGUGCGGUUCGCCGAGGUCUUUCCCCUUUCAGAGUUCGGGCUGGUGCCGGAGCCGGGCCGGUACCUGGAGGUGGUGGGCUGGGUGGAGGUGGUGGCCGGGCUGCUGCUGGCGUUCGGGCCCCAGCUCCUGCAGGAGAUCAGCAACUUCGUCCUCAGCGUCGUCAUGAUCGGUGCCAUCUACACGCUGCUGGUGCUGCGGGAGCCCCUGGCCAUGUGCGCCCCGGCCACCCUCUGCCUCGGCCUCCUCCUGCUGCUCAACAUCCGCGGGCACGCAGAACCCCCCAAGCCCAAGUUCGAGUGACCGGAGGCAGGAAGGACAGACGGCUCUGCCGGCAGGAAUCCACGCCCUUACGUUAUUUUGGGGGACGGCAUUGCUUCCCGUGGGGUAACUCGCUGCUCAGGCGCAUUGUGUCCUCUCCUGCCGCUGCCGGGGUUGUCCCCAUGCUGGUGCUGGUUGUCCCCAUGCUGCGGGACCCAGACUGGUGCUUUGGGACGGUGGCAGUGGCACCACCGCUGCCCCAGCAGCCCCAUUGCUAAACUCGCAGAAAGUGUCUGCCUCUUCCCAGCACUCGGCCACGCCGGGCUGGGGCUGGCUCUGCUCUCUGGGGGGCUUUUUUAUUUGGGAAUAAAGCCUCUUAUUUUUCACA